AUGCCCUACAGAUAUUCACCACUAUCGCCGCCAAAUUCGCCGCCACCGUUUAGUACCAAUUGGGUGCAUAACGUCGACGACGAUGAUGAUGACAACGGGUUGCCAGAGUUACUACCGAUGAGCGUGGUAGACGCGGAAGCUGUGAGGCGAAUACAGCUGCGAAUAGAAAGGGUGUUCUCGUUAACCGACGUAGUGGAUCUAACGAUGUCUUCGGAGGAGGAGGAGAGCAGAUCGUCGUCCACGUCAAGUGUGAUGGAACUACCCGACAGCGACGCGGAGAGCACAGUCGAAGAGACUGAAAGUAGUAAUAGUAGUAGUAGUGCCGAUGACGACGACAACACUGACUACGACGACGACGAUGACGAUUAUGAGGGAGAAGAAGAAGAAGAAGAAGAAAAUGACGACGCUAGCAGCAGCAGCAGCAGCAGCAGCAUCAUUAAACGGCGGGCGGACGGACCUAAAAAGAUUGAUAACUGA